AUGUCGACGAAUCCAUUCUGGAGUUGUAUUCCUUAUCUGGGCAGUUGCUUGGAAUGCAUGCAAGGACCGUCAUUCUCGGCAACAGCGUCGUACUCUCAGAUGACAAAUCUCAUUCCUCAACCAAUCCGUCUCGAUACCUCCAGAUGUGGUAAGGACGUCGUAAUUUUGAAGGAAGGCGAACGAAUUUGUGGUACCGGUGCUGCUCUUGGCACAUUACCUAUUGUACAGAAUAAAGCUUAUUUCCAAGUAAAUGUUCAGCAAAGUGGAGUCUGGGGAGUAGGAUUGGGAAACUUGCAUUCGAUCCUGGACGAGAUUCCAAUCAGCACCGAUUUCUGGGGUGUUCGUGAGAAUGGAGAUGUUGUCGCGAACGGAGUUCUCAUUGGAAAACUCAGUAAAGUUAUUUCGGAUGGGGACUCCAUUGGUGUAUGUUAUGAUCAUGUUGAAUUGAAUUUUCUUGUCAAUGGUGAACGGACGGUGCCUACCAUUACAGGUGUCAAAGGACCUGCAUAUCCUAUUGUCUUCGUAGAUGAUUCUGCAAUUUUGGACGUUAAAUUCCGAAGAUUCACCGAAGAUCCUCCAUGUGGAUAUGGUGAAAUAUUGCCGGAACAAACGUUACUGUAA